GCAGAUGAGAGUGGAUUGCGCACAUUGGAGUCAGUGCGGAAAGAGGCUGCGGUAGAUGCAUCUAUACAUCAACCAGGGCUGUUCACACGGAAGAACACGGAGGAUAAUGUCGGGAUAAAGGUCGCAUAGGGUCGCGGGCUCAGCAUCUCCACACGUGCUGCAGAUCAGUGUGUGGAGGAAAAACAACUUUCUCCAGAUAAACUCUGACAAGACUCAAGUCAUCGUCUUUGUCCCACAGAAACAUAGAGAAAGUGUCAGCAGUCACCUCCAGUCUGUCUCUAAAACCUUCAAAUCAGGUUAGACGACUGUAACGUCCUGCUCACUGGACUCUCCAAACGAGCCUUAAGACAGAACAGAACAUCCAGAACAUCCAGAACACUGCUGCUCAGCAAAAUGCAGGAAGUCGAUCAAGUUCCAGAUUUUCUAGAUGACUUGGUACAACAAUAUUUGGCGGAUGAAAAUCUGGAUAGUUUUGUGGAUCCAAGCAUCCUGUUAAAUUGGCAGCCGUGUGAGGAUGAAGCAGAGAGCCACAGGAAAGGCUCUGCUUUAGCUGGAGGUGCACACGAGGGGCUUCAGGGGAGCAAAACGACGAUUCAACCGUACAGAAGAAAAAGAGUAAAGCAGGGAGAUGGUGCAGACACAACAUCAUCACACAAAAAGCAAAGAACACGACAAGCAGGUGCUCCAGGCUCAUGUCCAGAGGCCGUCCCUGCCCCAGUCCACUGCCCCAGUCCCUGCGAGCCUCCGCCCUCCAUUUUGGAGAUCAUCACCAUCAGUCGUAAGACUCUCCGCUCUGUGGUGCAGACCAUUAAACUCCCUCCCCUCGUCAGGCUGCCACAGACGUCCACUGCUUCUGCUUUCAUUCUGGUGCCUGUCUCACCUGAACCCAAAUGUCACAUGCCCCCCCUGUCACCAGUGAACGGGGCUCCAGCUCCAGCCCAGCCGACUUCACCAUCAGGGUCAAAGUCGGACGUCUCUCCUGUGUCUACGUGUCCACAGGUCCAUGAGAAGUCUCCAGUCAGUCCAAAGUCACAUACUUUUCGACCUGCUACAAAGCCUAUGACACAGACAGUGAAGUCCUACAUUCAGGAGACCAAAGCCUACAUGUCUCGAGCCUGUGAGGACAUGGGAGAUGGUUUGACCCUCAGCUCAAACUACGUGGACUCUAAAGUGAUUCAGCGUGACACGAUCCGAACAGGGAGGAAUAACAACAAAAGUCUGGACAAGGAGCUCAACGUCAUGGGAGACACGGACAGAAGGAAGUGCACGGUCCAACUAAACCAGAUUUUUGAGCAAAGCCACGGAGGUCGUUCUAAAAGUUGCCACCUGCUCGUGGGGAAAGCCGGGAUGGGGAAAACUACAUGCAUCAAGAAACUUUGCCGUGAUUGGUCCAUGGAUUGCCUCCCUCAGUUUGACUUUGUGUUCCUAUUGGACGGCAGAUUCCUCACCAUAACUGAACCAAAAUACAGCCUUGAGACACUUCUGCUUCACCUCUCCUCUUUCACUCCUUCUUGCUCAAACUCAGAUGAAGUUUUAUCCCAAAUCUUUACCUCUCCAAAACGCGUGCUUAUCAUAUGCGACGGUUUUGAAGAUCUGAGAGAAUUCGAGCUCCUUCUUCAGCCUUUAGAAAAAGAUGUAGCCACUUCUUUACAAAAGGAAAGGAAAUGCAAUACUUUUACAAUCAGGCAGCUAUAUUCAGCGAUUCUGCAAAGACUGGUACUUCCUGGUUGCUCCCUUCUUCUUUCAUCCAGACCAAGGGGCAGUGCAAGCCAGCUGCUACGAAAAGUGGACAAUUUUUUGGAAAUUACCGGAUUUUCGCCCUCAGAUGUCGAGAUGUAUGUUACAAAACUCGUUCCCGAUCCGGAAGUCCAAAAAUCGACCAUGAAGUGCUUGCAAAACUGCGACUAUCUCAAUCUUCUUUGCUGGAAUCCUGGGAUAUGUCAGCUCGUGUGCACGGUAUUGGAACGGCAAACGGAUUUGGACGAAGUACCGAGAACUUUGACGGAGAUUUGCUUUCAGGUGCUACGUCUGAAAAUGAACAAUUUGAAUGAUGGAAAAACACUAACACCUCAGGAAACUAUUGAAGAAGUAAAUGUGGGUAGUGCAACUCGAGCAAGGCGCAAAUCGCAAAAAACGUUAAGAAGACCAAAUAAAAAGACGGGAAAUCAAGAAGAAAAUGGACUGAUGUCUGAGCUGAGUUACCUAGCCUGGGAAACUGUCAAAAUGAAUACCUCAAUAAUCACGAGUGAAUUUUCCGUAUCAGGACAAACAAGAGCGGCAGGACUCGAAACGGGACUCUUAAACUCUCUUACCCGGGUGAGAAGGAAGAGUUUAUCAAAUCCUGAAAACAAUGAAGGCAAAACAGACGAUGGGAGUCAAACAACGGACGACAAAGACAUGGAAAUGGAAGAUGUGGAAAAUUUGGGAUAUGAAAUUUUGUCAUGGGCCAAUUCUUUUCUUCAGAGCUUCCUGGCAGCUGUUCACUUGUCAUUGUCAAGCUCUGCAUUUGUAAAGACCCUUUCGUUCCAAAGCGGCUCCAAGGGACGACGACGACAGCAGAGAGAAGAAUUCGAACUCACUCAGCGCUUCGCCGUGGGACUGCUUUUCCAGAACCAAGACGAUCUCCUCUGGCUCCAACCUACGAACAACUUAAACAGCACAAUGGUUACGAAACAGAACGCACUCAUCAAACACCUUAAACACCUCCAGUUCGGUCACCUUAGACCUUCUCAGAUCUUGGACUUGUAUUACUUUGUGUACGAGGGAUCUUUCACACAUUGUAGAUCUUCUAAAUUAGCUAAGCACAUCUUGAAGAACUUUCCAGAGAGACUUACAUUCAACGGAGUGCCGCUCUGUCCGGCCGAUAUUCACGUCAUCAAAAACUUUAUGCAACACGGAGGCGACGAAGAGAGGAGGUUUUCUUUAGACCUUCAAAACUGUGGGAUCCAAGUGUCCGGGCUGAAGUCUUUGGUGGGACUGGACGCUAUAAGAACAUACAGGACCUGCAUCGUGGACGUCAUUUUCAUGUGGGAGGAGCUUGAACAACAAAAAGAAGAGAGUCUGCUGCGUGAUGCUGUGUCCAAAUUCAACAUCGACCCUUUUAAAGCGACACAAGUCAGUCACAUUGAACAUCUCACGAAGCUGGUGGGCAUCCAUACAAACAAGAGACUUUCUGAAUGCCAAAUGAAUUCAAUUUUUGCUGAAGGAGUACCAGCUGUCAAACAUCUGUACAAGCUGGAACUGGAGCUUGGUCCAGAAAAAGGUCCACUUUCUCUUCCGAUGCUGUGGAGGUUGUUGCCAGGUCUACACAACUUGCAACACUUGGAUCUGGAAAACAACAAAAUCGGUGACGACGGAGCGCAGCAUUUGGCAAAGGCUUUGGUCUCGCUGUCCUCCUUAGAAACACUAAAUCUGUCACAGAACACUAUUGGAGAUACUGGAGCACAGUCACUAUCGGCCACUUUGACAAAUCUCCCCAGACUUGACAGACUAAGCCUUCACAGCAAUGUCAUUUGUGAUCAAGGCGCAAACAGUUUAGCUGCAGUUCUUCGUCACAUGUCCGCCCUCACCGAAUUGGACAUAAGGUACAACAGGCUAACAGAUAUCGGAGCACAUAGUUUGGGUAGCAGCCUGAAGGAAUGUCAUCAUAUGAAAUCUCUGAGGAUGUGGAGCCAGUGCAUUCCUUAUGGGGUGUUUGAGAGACUCCAGCAGCAGGACCCCCGCAUUAUGGACACUUUCUAGUGUGGAGAAACUGAGGCACAUUUGCACUUAUAAAUAUAUUUAUUUUUUCGUUGGGUUACACUGUGUUGAGUGUCAAGCAACUCUCAAUUCUGUAAACACUGUUUUUUUUUUUAAUAUAUAUUCUUUGGUCAACAAGUUCGUACUAAAACAAUUUCCUUUCA